AUGACAAAAAUCGAAAAAUCACAUUGCUUUAAUUUAAGGGCAGCAGUUCAAAGAAUGAUAAUUUCUCUAACACCUUGGGAAAUCUCAAUAGCUAAAUCAAGGUCGUAUGGUUCUCCUUCAACAUAA